AAUAGCUUUGUCGUGAGUCGCUAUCUCGUGGGGUUGGAGUUGUGGAGGGUUCGAUCUGGCCCAGUCCAGACCCCGCUGCUCAAAUUGUCUCGGCUGUGUUCACUGUGUGUUUAGAUUUGCUUCAAGACACUCCUCACAGGUACACUAUACAUACAGAAUGCACUUUGCUGCAGAUGACAUCUGCAGCAGGCAAAUAGCUGAUAAAUGAGUGAGUUCGUUUUCAUAACGAAGAACUAAAAAGUCGACGCAAUUGGCAUCUUUUUCCAAGCGGAGAGUCCUCACUUGUGGCCAUGGCUCUCAUCAAACCUGUUGAGGAUAAAAAUGUGAACUCGAGAGCAUGGCUGAUAUACACAUCAACUUUCUAUGUCGGUUUACAAGGCAUAGAACACGGUGUAUCGGACUUGACCUUAUCUGUUCCAGCCUAUCCAACAUACUUUCCGGGAUAAGUGCCGAAGGGAAUCAUUUCAGGUUUGGACUGCAACCGUCAACCCCGCGCUCGCCACUUGUAUCAAAAUACUCAGGGUGAGACAAACCACGCAGGGUUAAUGGCAACGUCG